AUGUCUGUAUCGGGUAAACCAAGCACCAGCGCGCCCACAACAGGCUGUUCCCAAGUGCGGUGGCAGUUCAUCAACGCUUCGGGUAACAGCCGAAAUAACCUCACUCGAGUCAAACGACAUGUCAUGCAAGAAUAUAUGCGACAAAAGCGCCAGGCUGCUGGUCAGUCUGACAUUGACAUUGAUGAUGCUAUAGCAGAAGGCGGCCGCAAACCAACGAAGUCACGUCGCGAACCCAAGGAUAGGAAUCAUCACCAUGACCAUGCCGACCGAAGCACAAAGAUUGAGACUAAACCGGUCUCAAACUACUCAGCCCACGAUCCUACCAUGAUCGAAGUCGUAGAGAGCUUCAGUACUGAUGUCGCCGCUUACCCACACUUCGAAACAUUUGUCUGUUUACCGAUACGGAAUAGCCAAAUGACCUGCCACAGCAGCUACUCGUCAGGUUCCCAUAUGUGGUACUCUACGUCGCAAAGUGGUAGCUCAGAUCUGGAGAGCUUGACACCACGGUCCUCUGCCUCAAUAUCUCCAUACGAGAUAGUACUGUCUCCAAAAACAAUACUCAGCGCUGCACGCACUGACCCCUUCAACACUUUACCGCUGGAAUUGGACAUCGACGGGCAGCACCUAUUCGAUUUCUAUGUCAACGAAAUGCCCGCCUGCUCCUACGGGAACCACUUUCGGUCCACAAAAGCGCACAAUUGGUAUACAGCGGUCUUCGUUGCUGAAGGAAUGAAAGGGCCGGUAGCAUUCCAAAACACCGUCCUUGUUCACGCAGCCAACACCUGGACCUGGGUUCGCAACCAGGAGGUGGAUGAACGGGGUCUAAUGCAUCGCGAUCGUGCCAUUUCCAUGCUUCGUCAACGUCGUGAGAGAUACCCGCACGAUUUCUCCGAUGAAGUAAUCACAGCUUGUCUCAGCGCUGCGGGACUAGAAGAUUUUGAUCCUCGUCCAGGGCGGAAGCCAAUCAGUUGGCUUCACAUGCGAGCUGCAAGAGAGAUGGUCAGGGCUCGGGGCGGGCCUGCUGCAUUCCAUAACACCCGAUUGGGAAUGUUGAUCAACUGGCAAGAUUACAUUCUAUCAGGUUAUGAGACCGACGGUCCGAGCUUCUUCUUCGAAGCCAAUCCACCGAUGAAACAGCCAAGCGAAAGACGUCGCUCCGAGCUGCGAUCAGCUACAAUGCCGCAGCCCGGAAUGACUUCAUUCCCGGUUACCGUCGAGCUAAGUCUUACCUGGCCUCGGCCAUUACUCCCGCACGAAGAGCUUCAAAAUCAGUGCGACACCUUCAUAAACUUUCUCCAACGGUGUCAACAACUUUCAGAUUACCAAGCGAGUACCUCUGACGUCAACUCGCGACCAUUGCGCCAUACUGCGUUUCAGGACGGCUCGCUACUACAUCAGAUCCUUGCGGCACCUCCAGGAGCGCGUUUCACUGCAUCGGGCAAUCGGAAACAAUUCGUCGCGCGCCUUGUUGCUCUGCUCAUGCUCAACGCAGCCCUGUGGGACUACCGCAAUUCCGUGCCACACAGCGAGAUCUUCCUUCAGACGCUACAGCAAGCAGUCUUGAACAGCGAAGUGAACAUGAGUGGUUCCGUCGAGGCACUAUUGCAGAUCUUGCUUGAGUGCAAUGACGGCUUGGUCAAUACGCCCAGCGACAGCUUCAGCCAAGUGCCAGAUUUCUCUCAAUAUUCCUCGGCCGCACGGACCCCAUACGAUCGGCCAUGGUUCGCUGGCCGCAUGCUCAAGGUCGCCAAGCGUCUCAGUUAUGAGUCUUGGAUGCACGUCAACUCCACUCUGUUCUCUUGCCUGACCAUGCAGCCUGGUAUGCCUAGUGUUGCUCUCUGGGAAGAGAGUCUUCGGGACGAGAUUCUCCAUGCGCCGCUCACGAGGUAUGUUAUGCCUUCUUUGGAAGAGCCAUAA